UUUGGAAGCUAGCAUCUUCUGCAUGAUAGUUGUCUACCACGUAAAUAAAGUAAAAUCCUCACAACUACGUAUUUAAAAAAAAAAUGAAAGCAUUUAUAUGUCGUAUCGAGAGUGGAGCGGCGUGCGGGAGAGAUAUACAUAUACAGAGAGAGAGGGAAGCAUGCGGAAGAGAUCUACAUAUACAGAGAGAGGGUGAUAAAGUGUGUGGUAAAUAUAUAGAGAAAGGAGAAAGGUUGAAAAGACACACAGAUCCAGUUGAGACAUAUAGAGUGAUAGAUCUGUCGAUCUAAAAGUUGCAAAAAAUUAUGAAAAGGUAUCUGUUUUUGUUGAGAUGACUGUCACUGAAGUUUAUUUUUGUUUUGCCUGAGUCAUUUCUGAUCCAGCAAGUCUGUGAAAAAAGACAUUUCAGUCACAACCGUCCAUCUUCGCUUUUCGAUUUUUUUAUUUAAAAUAUAGUUUCAUUUUCGAAUAUGCCGUUGGAAUUUUAUAACAAGAUUUAUGCAUUGACAGCAAAUGUAGCUGUUAUUCCUAGAAUGAUGGGCGACAACAUUUCACACACACACACACACACAGGUAUACAUACACAAAUUUAUUGCUCGUUGUAAUUGCAUAGUGCCAGGUUAGUUCUGAUCGCACUGUCCGACGGUGAAACGCAUUAAACCAAUGAACAUUCUUUUAUUUAUUUUUUGUUUGAAGUAUAGUGUACCUCGGACUACAUCAUCCAAUGUGUUCUUUAAUAAAAAGAAAGAAUAGCAGAGUGUACUCUUAAUGAGAUUUUAGCUUCAAAAAGACGAGAUGGUCGUCUGAAAUGCUCUUAAAAAGUCUGUGAUUACAGAGGGAGUAUUUUAAAACACGAUCACAUGAUGGUCAUAAAUGGAACGCUUUGAAAAUACAGGAUGGUCACGAUUGGAACAUUUUAAAAUAAAGAAUGGUUAUGAUUUAAACACUUUUAAAAGAGGGGAUCGUUUAGUAAGAAAGACGCUCGUUUCGUGCACCAGCGCAUUUUCGCUCACUCAGUGAAUAAAUCGGAGUUGUUUUCCAUUUCGAGAAUUUUCAGAAAAGUAAAAACAGAUGACACUAUAGGAGUACAUGAACAGUCACCUCCCUUGACUUGGGAAAUAUUUAGAUAAACUAAGUUGCUAUCGAUUUUUCAUUAAUUCGUCGUUGGAUUAUUUCUUAACAAUACAGACCCUAGCCACUUUCCAAGGGUUUUCGAAUCUACCACAUUAACAAAUAAGAGGUAAUGUUUCCAAGUGAUUCUGUAAUACAAAAGUAUAACUUUACUCUUUAAUAUAUCCUACCCGCAACUAGAUUCAGGUCCAUCUCUUUGAAAUGAUCACCAUGGAUGCUCAAUGUGUAAGUGAAUACAUAACAGGUGGUCAGUUUCAUCAAUCAACUGAGGAGGAUUUAACGAAAUGCUUCGGUAAAUAUGAUAUGACGCAUAAAAAGCGAGGUGUCGCUUUCAUCUUCAACAACGAAAAUUUCAAACACUCGGAACUUAAAACUCGACUCGGCUCAUCAAAAGACACACAAGAUUUUAAAGGGGCAUUAAUUAAACUUGGAUUCCAUGAAGACGAUAUCAACGUUCAUACGGAUUCAACAGUGCAAGAAAUGCUCGACACUUUGGAAAAGAUUGGAAAAAAUAAUUCUCUUACUGAUCUUGAUUGCUUUAUUUGUGUAAUACUAAGUCAUGGUGGGCCAGACGAUGUUAUCUGUGGAUACGACGGUACUGUUAAACUAGACAAAUUGCUUUCUUACUUGAGACCUGAUCGUUGUCCAUCUUUAAAAGGAGUACCUAAAUUAUUCAUUAUUCAAGCAUGUCGUGGAACGACAUCUGAUGUUGGAGUCGAAAAAAACGAUGAUAAUUCCACAGGACCUGAAGAAUGGUCACCAACAAUUCCAGUUAUGGCAGAUAUGUUGGUUGUUUAUUCAUCAUGUAAUAAAUAUCUCUCUUACAGAAAUGGAAAGGAUGGCUCGGGGUUUAUACAAGCUUUAAGUGAAAUUUUGAUGAAAUAUGGCACCAAAUAUGAAAUCAUGAAACUUUUAACCGCUGUCUCUAACCGUGUUGCCUCUUUAGACUUCCAAAGUUCGGAUAAUUCGAAAUACAAUAGCUGUAAACAAAUGCCUCAGAUUAUGUCGACAUUGAUUAAAGAACUAAUGUUUGAACCAAAAAAAUAAAUGUACGUUUUUACUUUAAUUUAGUGCGAGAGCUGUAAAUAGAAAGGGACCUUUUUCUGAUGAAAAUCUAUUUUGCAUGCAUUCACACGCACGUGCAUGUACAUGCGAAGUGAACAAAUUUAAAACCUCAUAUAUUCACAAAUACAAGCAGUUUCUACAUAUAAUACCUGAACCAAAGAUGUUAAAUUGGUAAAUGUAAUAUUUUAAACUAAUUCGUUUCUAUAAUUGUUCAUAUAAUCACAAACUUGAAUUAGCCCGUAACUUUUUAAGACGUUUAACUGAACCUAUUCCCUACCAUUCGUUCUUAAAAAGAAUACAAGUGCACUAUUUAUGCACGCACACACAUGUAUAUAUGAAAUAUAUAGUAUACACACACACACAUGAAAUAUAUAAAUAUUCUAUAUUUCAAAAUAACCUUUCUCUCAGAAAAUUGAACUAACAUUGUCUUAUAUACAAUUAAAUAUGAACAUAACGUUAGAAAAAAAGACAGCUAUACCUUAGAGUGAAGGGGCAUCUCCACAAGCGCCAUAUUCCACCUACACCAACAAUGUUGGGGGGGGCGGUCUCCAGUCGUAUACUGGCGAGAGGGACACAAAUAAUAACCUCAGAAUCACAGAAGCAUCAUAUUUCAUUGGGAAGAAAGGAUCUAGCUUUAACUGCCGGAAUGGGCUCGACUGCUGAAAGUACAUCUACUACUUCCAGAGCUUUUAACCAGUAUCAGCAAUGACCACUACAAAAAGCAAAUGGAAAGAACUUCAGAUGAAGGAUCUUUGAUCCGAAAGCGCUCACGUGGAUAAACCUAACCUAACAAAUAGUAACAAGGCUACCCACAGAUUACAGACCACAUAUAAGUUCUAUCUUUUUUAUCUACCUUCCUAUCUGUCCAUCUAUCUAACUACCCAUCUCUCUAUAUAUCUGUGUAUUUCAUCUUUCUACUUAUCCGUCUGCCUCUAAAGCUGAAAAUUAGUGAAAAAGAGAAUACCUACGUUGAACUAUUGAGAAAUCUGCUGUUAUUCUAUCCAGAUUACAAGCUCAGAUUUAUGCCUGUAAUUAUAGGGGCCCUGGGAUAUGUAACACACUGCCUAAAUACCAAUGAUGAGAAAUUAGACUUCUCAAAACCAGAGAGGAGAAAGCUAAUUCGAAGAGUACAGAUCGAAUCCAUCACUGGAACUGUAAAAAUCGAUAAAACUUUCCAAAAAUUUAUCAUUUAAACAUAUAUGAGCAUCUCUAGACACGCAACUAUAUGCAUGAGAAUACAUACAUGAAACAAAACAUACUAAUCUUCACAUACAUACAUACAUACAUACAUACAAACAAACAAAAAUACCCUGUCGAUGAUGUUGAAAUUCCAAUGAAGGAACCUUGUAUCUAUGUUAGAAACCGGCUCUUUCACUAUUGGCAAAAACUCUUGAAAUAAAAACUGAACAAUGACAUUCAUUCAUUCAUUAGUAACAAAAUCAAAAAUUAUCAAAACUGUUUUUUUUUUAUCAAAAAUAUGCUCCCCAUCAUGUUGAAGGUUGUGGUGAAAAAUAUAUUGGGAAAAUUGCCGUCAGAACUUACGUGGGUGUCUUGACCCAAAACUUUAAAUCUGUAAAAUCCUUAAAACC